GCAAGGUCAGUGAGUUAACCAGACAGCCAGCAGGCAAAACCUCCGCGCUUCUGGACAGAAGGAUUUAUCACUUAGCUGCUCCCACAGGUUUCUGUCAGGAGAGUGAAGGGCAUCUCGAGUGGGCUGUUCAUCUCCUCCUUGCAUUCAUCUGGCGGUGUCCUGGACCGGAGAGACCCUGCUGACCAUGUAUUUAAAGGCUGCUGGGGCUGGUAGACUGCUGCUCACCUUUUGUCUCUGCAACACCGUGAGCUCCUUCAAUUCCAACGCCAUUAAGACAGCCAGCGGUGCGGCGCUGAGUCCCAGCCACCCGGUCAGCGUCGCUCCCCAGGUUGUGGUCCGUCACAGUGUCAACAAAAACCACGCGGUCGAGCAAUUCCAGUUCUCCAGUUGUCUGAAUGACCGGGACUGCGCUGUCGAGCAGUUCUGUUCUGCUUCCAGAACCGCUGCCCAGCAUUGUCUGAACUGCCGCCGACGCCGAAAACGCUGUCUCCGAGAUGCUAUGUGCUGCCCGGGGACUCGCUGCAGCAACGGACUGUGCAUGCCUGAUGAUAUUGAACACACUCCUGGUGAAAUUGAGGAGAGCAUCCUGGACAGCUGGAACCAUGAGGAGCAUCAAACCACCUUGGACAGCCAUUCAAGGAGGACAACCCUCCCUGCUCGGUCCCACCCAGUUAAAGGACAGGAAGGUGAUGUUUGCCUCAGAUCCUCUGACUGUGACCAAGGACUAUGCUGUGCCCGACACUUUUGGUCCAAGAUCUGCAAACCGGUGCUGAGGGAAGGUCAGGUGUGCACCAAACACAAGCGGAAAGGCUCCCGCGGCCUGGAGAUCUUCCAGAGAUGUGACUGCGCCCAGGGUUUGUCUUGUCGGAUACAGAGGGGAGAGAAUCACAGCAAGAAUUCCAGGCUGCACACAUGCCAGUGACCCUGAACCACUGUGGACAAUGGUGAAAGGACUGACCCGAGACCUUUGGACAUUGGGCUGGGGAGGAGGUUUGUUGGGAAGAUGGGGGAGGGGUAGGAGAAGACUUCGGUUCAAGAUCGGCCGACUAGCUGAGCCCCCCCUCUCAGGGGCUUUAGACUGGAAGCAUGCUGGCAUCCUUCAGAAUUCGAAGUGUAUCGGGCUUCUUUUGGUUCCCUUUUAAGGAACUAUGUAGACUGUAAUGCUUGCAGUAAAUUACUGUGUUGUAAAAGAUUCAGUCUGGCACUUAUACUGUAAAUACUUGACUGACCAGUAUUGUGGAAAAUGCUGCAAGGCCUUCCUCCCUGUUCAGCCAGUGUUGUAAAUUGUUCUAUAUUAUUGCU